GUUUUGAUUUGUUGAAGGGUGUGAUGUCAUCAUUCACAAAGACAAGGGCGUGUCCAGUAUCCAUGCUCACAUAAUGGUCGAUGGAAUGACUCAAUCAUCUCAAGUUACAAUCAAAGAUUUGUCCAAGUACGGGACAUUCAUUAACAAGAAUCUCACUUCUAACAAGAAAGUUCAUCAAUUUCCUAAUAAACAGACCUCUCUGGAAGAUGGGGACCUUCUUUCUUUUGGAACUGGAAAUGCAACCUUAAGAUUCUCUUAUGUGCCGCUUGUAUUCUACAUCUGCUGUGCUGAGGCCUCCCAGAUGAGUCAUUAUCUUGAGGACAAAGUUUCAUCCAUUGAUUAUUACAUUUGAUAGCUAUAGUGUUUCGGGUCUUUGCAACCAUGGUGAUGUGCAUCGU